AUGUCCUGGCUCAAACGGCGAGCAGGUCCGUUGAUAGUCCUUGGUACUUCAGCCGUCGGUGGCGCCGCAUACCGCUUCACCAGAUCCACAGACCGAUCCGACGCAUCGUUGAACCCGCGUGAUUUCACGCCGUACACGCUUGUUGACAAGCAGCCCGUCUCUUCUACGAGCGCAAUCUUCACGCUGCGCAACAGCAAUGGCGUAUCGGAUACGGAAAGCGUGAAGGAGGUGUGGAAGCGAAGUGUCUGGAGCGUUCAGAUCAAGCAACCACAGCUGCAGAUUGCGCGCGCAUACACACCGCUGCCCCCUACACCACCGGAUCAAAAGCAUGGUGAAAAUGAGCCGGAAGACAUGAGGCUGCUCAUACGGCAAGAACAGGGAGGCGAGGUCUCGACGUAUCUGCACCGACUACCAGUACAAUCCACUGUCGAGUUGCGCGGACCGAACACCGAACUCAAGCUUCCCCGCGAUAUCAUUGAGGUUAUAUUUCUAGCGGGAGGAACCGGCGUAGCACCCGCAAUGCAGGUCGCGCAGGCGCUAGGAAGAAGGACUGGCAGCCGGAUGCACAUACUAUGGGCGAAUAGACGUCGUGAAGAAUGCGAAGGUGGCAUUAGCGAUGAUAGAAGCACAACAUGCUCGCAAGAUAGGAUCGGCUGGUGGAAGAGUUUCUUCGGUUCUAGCAAGCCUGUCUCUCAAGCACCACACGCAGAGGACACACUCGCUGCGCCCAAGGGCGUUCUAGUGAAGGAGCUGGAUGCGCUUAAGAAGCGGAGCGAAGCCGCGACGAAGGGCUUGAGUGUCAACUACUAUGUCGAUGAAGAGAACUCGUUCCCAGACCCAAGCGAGAUCGAGAAGAGGAUACAAAGACAACAAGAAGAGAAAGGCUCUAGAUUGAUCAUAGUAUCAGGACCAGAUGGGUUCAUCGAACAUUGGGCAGGUAAGAAGCUCUGGGCCAAUGGCAGAGAGGUGCAGGGCCCAUUGGGAGGUCAACUAGGGCGGAUGCAGCUAGGUGAGUGGAAGGUGGUCAAACUGUAA